CGUAAGGGACUAGUCAUGCUGCAGGGGCCCUCUGCCGGGGGAGAGAACGCCCCUUCCUGCCCCGUCACAGCCCCCCAGCGGCUCCUGCCCGCUCCCCCUAAUGGGGUGUCCCCCGCUUCGCACACACAGGUUGGCGGCUGGACCGUGGACCCCGUGUGCCUUCUCAGCUCCCUCUGCUCCCACCUCCAUGGCGACUCCGCCCCCUCCGGGGCUGGCCAGCCGGCCCAGCAGCCAAACUACUGGAGUUUCAAGACCCGCAGCUCACGCCACACUCAGGGAGCCCAGCCAGGGCUGGCAGACCAGGCAGCCAAGCUGUCCUACGCCUCAGCUGAGUCGCUGGAGACCAUGUCGGAGGCCGAGCUGCCUCUGGGCUUCAGUAGGAUGAACCGCUUCCGACAGAGCCUGCCCCUCUCGCGAUCUGCCAGCCAGAGCAAGCUGCGCUCACCAGGGGUGCUCUUCUUGCAGUUCGGGGAAGAGACUCGGCGCGUGCACAUCACGCAUGAGGUCAGCAGCCUGGACACGCUGCACGCGCUCAUCGCGCACAUGUUCCCGCAGAAGCUCACCAUGGGCAUGCUCAAGUCGCCCAACACCGCCAUCCUCAUCAAAGACGAGGCCCGCAACGUCUUCUACGAGCUGGAGGACGUCCGGGACAUCCAGGACCGCAGUAUUAUCAAGAUCUAUAGGAAGGAGCCGCUCUACGCCGCCUUCCCUGGCUCACACCUCACCAACGGGGACCUCCGGAGAGAGAUGGUGUACGCGUCCAGGGAGUCGUCCCCCACGCGGCGCCUCAACAACCUGUCGCCCGCGCCGCACCUGCGCCCGCUCGUUGGGUUCGGGCCGCCCGUGCCAGCGAAGGACACAGAGACCAGGGAGCGCAUGGAGGCCAUGGAGAAGCAGAUCGCCAGCCUCACAGGCCUGGUGCAGAGUGCCCUGCUGCGAGGCUCGGAGCCCGAGACCCCCAGCGAGAAGAUCGAAGGCUCCAAUGGAGCAGCCACGCCCUCAGCACCCUGCGGGUCCGGCAGCCGGAGCAGCGGGGCCACCCCAGUGUCCGGCCCUCCCCCACCCUCAGCCAGCAGCACCCCCGCGGGGCAGCCCGCUGCCAUCAGCCGUUUGCAGAUGCAGCUGCACCUGCGCGGCCUGCAGAGCAGCACCAGCGACCUGCGCGGCCAGCUUCAGCAGUUGCGGAAGCUCCAGCUGCAGAACGCGGCGCGGCGGCACGAGGACCCGCUGCAGCGACAGCGCACCCUGGUGGAGGAGGAGCGGCUGCGCUACCUCAACGACGAGGAGCUCAUCACCCAGCAGCUGAAUGACCUGGAGAAGUCGGUGGAGAAGAUCCAGAGGGAUGUCUCCCACAACCACCGGCUGGUGCCGGGCCCCGAGCUGGAGGAGAAGGCGCUGGUGCUGAAACAGCUCGGGGAGACACUGACCGAGCUCAAGGCUCACUUCCCAGGCCUUCAGAGCAAGAUGCGGGUGGUGCUGCGCGUGGAGGUGGAGGCCGUGAAGUUCCUGAAGGAGGAGCCCCAGCGCCUGGAUGGGCUGCUCAAGCGCUGCCGCGGGGUCACAGACACGCUGGCCCAGAUCCGAAGGCAAGUGGACGAGGGUGUGUGGCCACCCCCCAACAACCUCCUGAGUCAGUCCCCUAAGAAGGUGACCGCCGAGACUGACUUCAACAAGAGCUUGGACUUUGAAAUGCCACCCCCCAGCCCUCCGCUCAACCUCCAUGAGCUGAGUGGACCAGCUGAGGGAGCCCCUUCCACCCCCAAGGGGGGCAACCCCACCAAAGGCCUGGACGCUCUUGGCAAGAGAAGCGUGGACAAGGCUGUGUCUGUGGAGGCUGCUGAGCGGGACUGGGAGGAGAAGCGGGCGGCCCUGACCCAGUAUAGCGCCAAGGACAUCAAUCGGCUGCUGGAGGAGACACAGGCGGAGCUGCUGAAGGCCAUCCCUGACCUGGACUGUGCGAGCAAGGCCCACCCAGGCCCGGCCCCCACCCCUGACCACAAGCCCCCCAAGGUCCCCCACGGCCAGAAGGCAGCCCCCCGAACGGAGCCCAGUGGAAGGAGGGGCUCAGAUGAGCUGACGGUGCCCCGGUAUCGCACGGAGAAGCCCUCCAAGUCACCCCCGCCACCGCCUCCCCGCCGGAGCUUCCCCUCCUCCCAUGGCCUGACCACCACACGCACCGGAGAGGUUGUGGUCACCAGCAAGAAGGACUCGACUUUCAUCAAGAAGGCCGAGUCCGAGGAGCUGGAGGUGCAAAAACCCCAAGUGAAGCUGCGCCGGACGGUGUCCGAGGUGGCCCGCCCGGCCUCCACCCCACCCAUCAUGGCCUCUGCCAUCAAGGACGAGGACGACGAGGACCGCAUCAUCGCGGAGCUGGAGAGCGGCGGAGGCAGCGUGCCGCCCAUGAAGGUGGUGACUCCAGGGGCCUCUAGGCUGAAGGCAGCCCAGGGCCAGGCCGGCAGCCCCGACAAAGGCAAGCAUGGCAAGCAGAGGGCUGAGUACAUGAGGAUCCAGGCCCAGCAGCAGGCCACUAAACCAUCUAAAGAGAUGAGCGGGUCGAAUGAGACCUCAAGCCCCGUCUCAGAAAAGCCCUCGGCUUCCAGAACCUCUAUCCCCGUAUUGACUUCGUUUGGGGCAAGGAAUUCUUCCAUCUCCUUUUAGAGGCCCCCUCGCCCCCCCACCCCAGCCUGCCCCCUCCCUGACCCCUCACAUUUAUCUCCCUGCUCUUCCCUUCAUCUCCACCCCAUCCCCACUCCAUCCUCAGACCCUGGGAAGGGUUGCCACGGGGGUGGCCCUCCUCACGCCUCUCUCCCCAUCCCCUGUUGGUGUUUUUGGUUUUUUUUUUAAACGAUUCACUUUUAAUUAUCGUUCUUUUUUUUAAAAUAAAAAGCAAAACAGUAAAACUAAGAACCAAAACACACCACCUUCCUUUGACUUCCUGUUCUAAAAUGGCCCACUUCCUAUCAUCUUCCCUCCCUUUUCUCUUUGUCCACUCCUCUGUCCAAGUCCAUCCUGAAGUUCCUG